CGGCCUCAAGAGCACCUUUCUAUGUCAAUCUAUCGCUUGAGAGCCACUCCAGACAAUCCCAUCGUCACUCCAUGCGCGAGACCAGCCGUCGAAGCUCCUUCAUCGAUGAUUUCUUCCAGCACUCUGAAUUUGCAGCCUAGUCGAGGCUCCCCCCCGCACCACUGGGAUGACCUCAGGCAAUGGUUACGCGGCGUUAUUCACGUACUGAAAAUAUUCGAACAUGCCUUCGACUCAUCCAGCAAUUUCUGGCCUUCUAAAAGCAGGGGCAAGCUGGUGGCGACAUCCAGUGCAGAUCCUUUCCUCGUUGCAAAGACCUUGACGAUAGCUACGCGCGCUACGCACUACUGCCUGGACGACUUUUGCAUAGACCAAGACUCUGUGAGGCCUCUGCAGAAUACACAUCGGCAGGCGAGGCCUUGGCUCCCACUGACACCUAUCUGGGAGUCUGAUUCUCUUCAAUGUCCUUUCCCCAAGGGCCAUCUCCUACAGACCAUACGCCGCUUUUUCAACCCUUUGCAUUCUUCUUCUUUGUUUAACAGCUUCUCUCGACGGGCUUCUCACUGGUUCUAUGGGCUACAGGUCACAGAAAACAGGUACUCAACGGAUGCUUUGGUUCAUGCUCGAUCGGAUAAAUACCCAAAAACAAGCAGCCACAGGGGGGUUACCUCUGACGAUUCUAUGUGCAUCGAGGUUUCUACCCCGUAUUUUCAACAAGAAAAGACAUGCAAUGUGGUCUUGAACCUUGACAGUUCAUCUCAAGCGUUGAAUCCGUCGGGUCAACUAGGCCCUAGCUGCUCGCAAUGUAGUUCCUUUGUCAGACAGAACAGAGAGGAUCCAUGUAUCCACGGACCAUGUACCACCUUUGAAGAUGCAAAUUAUAUCUUGCAAGUGGUUGGGUUGAACGGACACGAGAAAACGAUCAGAAACUGUUUACACAAGUUCAAAGGUAACGGCGAGCCGGGAGACAACGCAGGUUCCAUCAAGAGGGUAGAAGACGUCAGUUCAAGAGCUCCAGCGGACGGUGAAGCCUCACAGAAGCCACCAAAAAGGCAGAGACACAAUGACCACCAAAGUUCUCACUACGACGAAGGCACGGAUGGGCCAGCCAAGGCAUUCAAGAAAAGAAAACAAGAAUCGAGAGAAAAAGAAGAGGUCGACUCCGACGAGUUUGGCGAAGCAAGCGGCAAGAUAAAGAACGGCAGGAAAAGAAAUGAAGAAGAGGAGUCAGGAAGGAGGAAAUUCGCUUGUCCGUUCUACAAGUACGAUCGGCAGGCAUUCAUGAGUUCACGAACAUGCGUUGGGCCUGGCUGGGACAGCGUUCACAGAGUCAAGGAGCAUAUCUUUCGCCGACAUAUGUUGUCAAGCACUCAAUGCGAGAAUUGCCUUGAACAGUUUGAAACUCGUCCUGUGCUUGACGAGCAUCGUCAGAAUCCAUGUCGGAAGAAACCACCAUCGGGAUCUUAUGGCAUCAACAAAGAACAAGAGAAGCAGUUAAGGAGCAGAAAGAUGUAUCAGAAAUCUCUUGACGAGGAAGAGAAGUGGCGUGCGAUAUAUAAGAUCAUCUUUCCAGGCGAGAAAAACAUUCCUAGCCCAUACUAUGAACCAGAGGUGCCGGAAUUUCCGGAUAUUUAUCAACAGAUGUUGAUAGAAGAGCUACCUGAAAUCGUUACCAGACGGUUGACAGCGCUGGACUCAGGGCUGGUAGAGCACAUCAAAGCGAAUGCGAUGGCAAACCGGCAAGGCUCCACCGAGCAAGAUGGCAGAAAACCAAAUGAAGGACUUGACUUGAUGGGCUCAACUCAGGCCUCGGUAGGUUCACAGCUGGAACAACAUAUCCAAGAUGCGGUGAAGGCUGCAGUGAAAGAGAUGCUCUCGCAGGUGCCUGUGUCAAAGGAGCCCAACACGGGGCCGCAAAUCAAUGUUAAAAGCCCCAAGGAAGAACCGAAUGGAUGGAUGAAAAAGGAGGAACAAGCGCAAUUUGAAAAGCCAACUCAGCUGGAAAGCAACCUGCUGCAACUCCCAGGCAUGGUCGGAACUGAGUUGAAGCUUGACACGCAAACUCUGUAUCCGACACCUAGGAGCUUGACAUUCAGUCGUUCUCCAGAAGUGCCAUUGGCGGCUGUGGAGCAAAACCUGCCUAACCCAACCUUUUUGGAACAGGCUCCCCAGGAAACUGGCUUUUAUUCUCUUUUCAACGAGAAUCAUUCAGGCAAUGUCCUUGAGCACAUCCCUGGAGUAAGCUCGUUUCCAGAGCUCGAUAGCCUUGCCAGCAAUACCUGGGAGAACUUGGGCGACAACAGCACUAGCCUGACAGUGCCAGUGUACACCUCCGCAGGCCCAAACUUGAGCCUAAAUGCCUCUGGGCCAGCAAGUCAUCAAAGCCAAGAGCUCUUGUCGGCCCAGGGGCCCGAGCCGGAAAGCUUUGCGCUUGGGCCCUGGGAGUUUUCACCGGCACCAGCUAUACAAUCUGUUGACUCGGGGUACGGGACUAUUAUUGGUCCUCCAACUAGCAACAGCUUUGAAGAUUGGGGGGAUCUCGAUGAUCAGUUUACUGAAAGUUUUAUCUAA